UACAUAAAUUUCGUUUCGCAUCAAAAGUUCGGAUUCAGAUGAACCCAAUGCCUCAAAGCUCCAUCUGACUUGGACUUAGACAUUAAAAAAAGAUAUUCCAGUACACUAAGCUCCCGUUAUGCACGGAUUCGGGGAAGGCCAGAUCAAAAGAGUCUAUUAUACAUAGCCCCCGGCGCGAGUGUCACGUACGGUUCCUUUGAGAAGGGUGUGAUACCACCACCUAUCAGGCCCGACGAGCGGUCCACGGAGCUGCAUCCCUACUCACCUGGUCUAUGCACAUCGCUCUCUCCAGGAGGUUGGCCGCCUAUCCUAGAUCUUCCCAUUUCCAAGAAGAUCCCGGGCUGGUUUCGGAAAAGGCCGGACCACAAGGGUCUAUUGGACUUAAACACCCCAUCAUAUAUAUAUAUAUAUAUAUAUGCUAAGGUUGCUACAAUUGCAUUUCUCGACAAAGUUCCCUCUACUUCUACUACAGAGCUGAAGAGUAAUUUCAAAUUGAGCUGAAAUUUCAACUAAAAAAAAAUGGAGGAGACCAAUGAAGUGAAAGUGAAGGAAAAUUUGAGUGACGGAGUUAACAACCAAGAAAUUGAAACCCCAAAUAAUAUUACAAUCAAAGGCAUUCUUGGAUUGUUAAUGGCUAAUGUAGAAACAGCUGAAGAUGAAGAUGACGAAAAUGGUGGAAAUUUCAAGAAGAAUAAGAGGAAGAAGAAGGUGAUAUCUUUGGGAAUGGGUGAUCCUACAGCUUAUUCUUGUUUCCAUUCUCCUGAUGUUGCACAAAAUGCUGUUAUUGAAACUCUUGCUUCUCACAAAUUCAAUGGUUAUUCUCCUACUGUUGGCCUUCCUCAAACCAGAAGGGCAAUUGCAGAUUAUUUGUCGCGUGACCUUCCAGAAAAGUUAUGUGCAGAUGAUGUUUAUGUCACAGCUGGUUGCACUCAAGCCAUUGAAAUAGCCUUGUCAAUUCUGGCUCGCCCCGGUGCUAACAUAUUACUACCAAGGCCUGGUUUCCCAAUUUAUGCACUUUGUGCCGCCUUUAGACACAUCGAAGUUAGAUACUUUGAUCUUGUUCCGGACAAGGGCUGGGAGGUUGAUCUCAAUGCUGUCGAAGCUCUAGCUGAUUGUAACACUAUUGGCAUAGUUGUUAUAAAUCCCGGGAAUCCUUGUGGAAAUGUUUAUAGUUAUCAGCAUCUUCAAGAGAUUGCGGAAACUGCUAAGAAGCUUAGGACCAUAGUGAUUGCGGAUGAAGUAUACGGGCACCUUGCUUUUGGAGCUAAACCAUUUGUGUCGAUGGGAGUUUUUGGCGCCAUUGCUCCCGUGCUUACUCUUGGUUCUUUAUCUAAGCGAUGGUUAGUUCCUGGCUGGCGCCUCGGCUGGCUUGUCACAAAUGAUCCCAAUGGCACCUUCAAAAAUCCAAAGUUUGUUGAGCGCAUUAAGAAGUAUUGUGACAUUUGUGGAGGUCCAGCUACCUUUAUACAGGCGGCGGUCCCUCGCAUUAUUCAGCAAACCGAAGAAGUUUUCUUCAGGAAAACCAUUAACUUGUUGAAGUGGACAGCAGACAUUUGUUGCGAAAAGAUAAAGGAGAUUCCUUGUAUUAGCUGUCCGCAUAAACCAGAAGGCUCAAUGGCCGUAAUGGUGAAGCUGAAUCUAUUGCUUUUAACAGACAUUAGCGAUGAUAUUGACUUCUGUUUCAAACUGGCGAAAGAAGAAUCUGUUAUACUCCUUCCAGGACUCGCUGUUGGUCUCAAAAACUGGAUUAGAAUAACCUUCGCGGCGGAUCCAUCUUCUCUUGAGGAAGCACUAGGACGGCUCAAGUCGUUCUGUCAAAGGCAUUCAAUUCAACAAAAUGGUCAUUGUUGAUUUUAACUAGUAAGCGAUCCUUGUAAUCGAUCUUCUUCUCUGCUGAGAACCUACAGCUACAGUUGGAUUGCUUAGUUACAAUAUAAUCUUAGUGUAAGUAACAGCAAUUUAUUGAUUUAUGAACAUAAUUUUAUAGGUUGAUUGCAUGGCAAGUUACAAACACAUUCAACUGUCUAUAUCGCUCUCGAUGUACGUACUAAUAUGUGUAAGAAAAACCUUUAUAAUACAUACCAAAAAUGAAAUAUGUAAUUACUAUUGAUUUUGAGUUUGUA